AUGCCUUGUGUUGCUGAAUGUGGGAAAAGGGUUCUUUUUUUGAAGAACAAAACGACGCCGAAAGACGCGUACGAGGACGUUUUCUCUUCCAGCGGCCACAAGCCUGUUUUCGUUCCUCUUCUUAACCAUGCGCCCAUCGAUAUAGAUCAGACAGCAGAAUACUUGGCCAGCGAAACUUUUUUAACGGAAACAGACAGCUUCAUCAUCACAUCGCAACGUGCAGUGGAAGUGUUCCACGAAUGUCUUUCUGUGAUUGGAUCUCGAGAUCCAGCCAAGGUGGAGCAAAUCAUUGCCAAAACAGGUUACACCGUUGGGCCUGCGACGGAGGAAAUUCUCCGAGCCAAAGGCUUCUCCGAUGUCCGAGGGGGCUCCUUGGCCGGCAACGGAUCUAAGCUAGCCGACAUCAUCUUGGAGGAGAAGCGGGGCUGCCCGAAAAAGAUUGUCUUUUUCACGGGAGUCAUACGCAAAGAUAUCAUUCCGGUGAAGUUGAAGCAAGAGGGCGUUGAUUUGGAAGAGGUGGUCAUUUAUAAAACAGAACCAAAGGCAGGCAUUCUCGAUAACUUUGUGUCGUGCUGCGAGGAAAAGGUGGACUGGCUAGUGUUUUUCAGUCCGCAGGGUACAGAGGAAAUAGUGGAGCAUAUCCAGAAGGGCAAGAUUCUGUUGGACGGCGUUCGUAUUGCCAGCAUCGGCCCCACCACACUAGAGUACUUGAACGGAAAGGGAAUCGAGUCGCAUGCUAUGGCACCCAAGCCAACGGCCGCCGCUCUUUUAGAAGAGAUCAUGAAAUAG